AUGUCAAUUGAAUGUCAAAAAAUGUUAUGUAAUAUUUCAACAAUUGAUUCAGAUCAAAAGUCUGUAAAAGAGUCAUUAAGUCAACAAUACCAACAGCCAUGUUGGUUUUGGGGAAUUUCAAAAUUUGAUAUUGAACAAAGUGAUAUUUCUUUUGUUUCUGCGUUGUCUGUAACAAAAACAGGAGUUACUUGUGAUGUUAUUGGAGAAAAAGAAAUGUCAUCAGUCAUAGAAAUCAGUUAUAUUGUUUUUGAAGAGAUAUUACCUAUUUAUUCUGAUUCAAUAGAAAUAACAAAUUGUAAACCAGUAAAAAUUACUUUUAAUUCAACAUUUAAAGAAGUUCCUAAAGUAAUAAUUAGUAUUCAAUCAAUUAGUGCUUUAAAUCUAUCAAAUUUAACAAUUAACGUUAUUAAAAUAAAUAAGAAUUUUUGUCAAAUUCAAGCACAAUUUAAUGAUUAUGAUAUUCAAAGUCUUACUAUUGGAAUACUUGCAUAUGAUAUUUGUUUUUCAGAAAAUAAAAUAACAGAAUUAUUAAUGGGUAAUAAUACUAUUGAUGAAACAAAACAAAUUCAAAUUAUGUCAGGUUCUUUUAAAUAUUCAAAUUCAAAUAUUAAUGAAAUUUUAUUAAAAAAUUAUGCUAUUCUUCCCCAAGUAGUAAGUUUUAUUACUGGAUUUUCUUCAACAACAAUUAAUACAUGGCCAAUUCAAAUGAUUACAUAUCCAAAAGAUCCAAUAACAAUUUGUAUUAAAGCUAUAAGUGGUAAUGAUUGUGAAUGGAUAACUUCUGAUUAUUUUAUUUGUUCUUCAUUAAACCGUGAAGAAAAUAAUCAAUUUCAUGAAAAUAAUUUUUAUAUUAAUGGAUUUUUUAAUGGUGUAGGAGGUAUAAAUAAUAAUCAAAAUAUUAUUAAGCCAAAAUGCAAAGAUAUUUUAAAAGAAACAGAUGAUAAUAUUUGUUGGAAUUGUAAAAAACAUUAUAUUAAUACUAUAUUUAAUUGUGGGCAUUGUUGUUAUUGUUAUUGUUGUUCAAAAACUCUUGGUUUAACUUUUAAAUGUCCAAAAUGUAAUAAAAUAAGUGUUAAACCUGUUUAUUUUGAAGAAUUUCAAUUUGAAUCAAUUAAUUAA